AUGAAGGAGAAACUGUGGGCGAGCUCCAGCCGCGCUGUUCGAGCCGACAUCAGCAACCUUCCAGACUGGUACAUCACCGAAGAUGAGGUGGACAUUGACAUGUCGACCGUCGUUGGCUAUGGCGGUGACGCCAAAAUCUACAGAGGAGUACUCAAAGACGGCACAAACGUGGCAGUCAAAGUCUUCGAUGCCAAUGUGAAGAGGUCCGAGGAAGCAAAGCAAAAGUUCCUCGAGACAAUGAAACUGUGGGUGCGUUUGAGCCAUUUUAACAUUUGUCGUCUCUAUGGCGCCUGCUACUUCACGGCAACCCCCUUCGUCGUGAUGGAGUACUGCGAGCUGGGGUCUCUUGACACGUUUCUCCGGCAAGACAGCCUCAAUCGCGCCAAGGUUAGUCUCGACAUCCUUGCUCAAGCCAGCCAAGCGAUCAACAAGAUGCAUUCGAAGGGGAUCGUCCAUGGCGACUUGAAGUGUGACAACAUCCUGGUCUCGGCGGGGGCUACCCCGCAAGCGAAAGUUUGUGAUUUCGACCGCAGCUUUGACUGGAGUGCACUGAAAGACAAACGGCUCGUCAAUGGGACAGCAGCAGCUGCGGGGGUCGAGAUUACGGACGCCGUGCGCUAUUUGGCGCCAGAGUGUGUGGAAGGAAUGCUGCCAAACAGCAAGUCUGACGUCUAUUCUUUCGGAAUGACGCUUUACCACGCAUUGGACGGAGUGUCGCCCUGCUCCGACAUUACGAGUGACGAAGAGCCGAGAACUUGCAAGUUGGCUCGUGAACUGCCGUCCCGGAAUGUGCGAUGUAUUAGUGAUGGCGCCUGGGAACUUAUCAAGCAGUGCUGCGACCCUGUUCCAAGUCAACGACCGACAAUGGAGAGGGUUUCAAAUGCGCUAAAAUCGUUGGCGAUCGAGCAGCGGACAGAUAGUCUCACUAAACUUGCAGUUCCAGUUAGCAAAGAGCCGAUUGCAAUCCUAGUUAACGAAGCGAUGGGUGUUCAGACGCCCACAAUGUACUAG